AUGUCCGGUGUAAAACAAGUUAGAAAUAAGAAGUUGCUACCAGAUCUAAGCAAGGAAGGACGAUUCUCUAAAGACAUAGUAUUGUCAACAAAGGAAAAACACGGAGUUCCUACAGGCUCAAGACUUUUUUCACAUCAUACACUAGCCAGCGUAAGAAGACUAAGCUUUUAUCAUCCGCUGGCCAUUCCAGAGGACAGUUUGGAUAUAGUGCUUGCAGCGACAUAUGACCACUCUACAGAACAUUUUGCUGAUAAAGAAGAUUUGUAUCUACAGUGCGAGACUCUUGGUAUCGAAACUUGGAGGAGAUUGAGGAACACGAUCGAUAAGCGACCGCCAGUAGUCAUACCAUUAGGUCACCCAAUGAAGCGCGGCGGCAUCACAGAGAGAAUCUCACCUUUUAGUGUAAAACUCAUGAACUCUGGCGUCCAUUCGUCGCAGACCAACCCCGGUUACAGCAGACAACCAGCUGGAGGGGCUAUUUUCUUCUAC